AAUGUUGCUCGCUGCUGCUUUCUUUAUGCCAGUGUCACAUAAACGAUGUAUUGAUUCGGGUCGUGGCCUGCCUCUGUCUGCCUCUAUUUGAGCAAUGGCGGGUUGCAACUGCAAAAGUGCAUCCUUCCCCUUCCCCUUCCCCUUCCCCUUCACCUUCACCUUCUCCAGCUCCUCCAGCUCCUCCUCCCCUAUUUCUCCCCUUCAACUUCUCCUCCCCUCGCCCACUUCCCCUUCUGCUAGCGCAUACGACACCUGUUAUCACGGAAACAAAGCUCCGGGACCUUUACCCUCGGUUCUCAGACCGUCUGAUUACCAUUUCUAUUCCUUCCAUGAUGAUAUUUGAUCUGUCUUGCGGUAUCAUUGGGUCCACCACAGAUAUCGAUGAAGAUACGCUGCUCUGCCCACCUCUCCGAGAUCGAUGCAAUUUCAGUGGGGGAAUGCUUUCCCCAAAAUAUCAUGCCUUCUCGCUAGUGUUCAUUCGAAAGGUUCAAGGGGUUCAGUCACUGUGGUUGCUGCCGAAACGAUGAUUUGAUCUUUCCCCCUGUUCUCCCGCUCCCGUUUGGAGAGGCCUUUUUCUGUUUCUUAUUUUUUGUUCUCUUGUUUGCUCCUCGGUAUCAUAAAUUCCCACGGUGUCUGUUUAGCGUUUGUUUUUCCUCGGUUCUCAAUCUUAUUCACAUUCCCGUUGGCCUUAUUGGUUUUGAUCCUUAUUCAGUCAUCCAAUAUCAAUCACCUUAUUUACUGUACACUCACUCAUCUCCCGCCAUUAUUACCCUAACGUAUUCUUGACUCCCUCCCACCCUGAAUAUGGCGUGCAGCGAGCAGAAGAAAUUUGAAAACCGCUGUUGGCACUGAGUAGCCAGAAAAAAACAAAAAGAAGCACCCUUGCAAGAAAGAAGAAAGGCCCGCUCAAUCCUGUUACACCUCCAAGCCCUCGUGCUGUUUUAAGCCAUUUCAUAUACGAAUUCGCAGGAUUCUUUGGGGCUCUGGUACAUCCUGAUUGCCCGAUAACUUAGUGGAGUACACCGGUGGGAUCAAAAAGAGGAGUCGGAGAGGGUUAAAAAGCAGAGAGCCUGGGGUUCCCUGUCUUGGCGCAAAGCUUAACGCGACUUCCCCCAAAAAGUUCUUCCUGAGCCAUCUCUUUGCUUCAUCUGCUCUGCCCGCCAGGCGUUCGCUAGGUCAUCGUCACUUACCCUAGGUCCCUCUUUAGAGAGCUUCACGGCUUUUAUGAUACGGCUUCGAUCGUUCCCCUGUAUUAUGGACCUAGCCACCUCCUUUGAUCGAACUUGAGCUUUUGGCCCGCUCCCCUCUCGUGCGUUUCAAAAGCCUUUUCUCUGGUACUAUUACGGUAGUCGUUCCCUUCUAUCUAUCGUUUCUUAUCAUUCUCCCCCUUGACCCUCCCUGUUAGACCAUAGCCCCUCCGCCUGGAAUUAACGCUAACUAUUCGACUCUCAGGUGGCCUUGCUUGAGGCUUCGAUUGUUUCUUUUUUCAUCCUCCAUUCCAAUUACACAAUCGGGUACUGUCUUCCGAAGCUUUUAGGAUGAACGUACCACCGAAUCAACCACCGUUCCAACCUGGAGCACCUCACUCGUGGCCAGCAAACGCGCCAUCGCAGAAUUUUCAGUCACCCCAGCCGUGCUACAAUUGCGGAUCCACUACUCAUAUUGCCCAGUUUUGUCCGGAACCUCGGCGACAAGUCCCUGCGUUAGUGUCACGUUAUAUCCUGAAGAUCUUCGUCAGAUAAUUAUCCGAACUAACAUGUUGCAUUAGAGGUUCGGUGAAUCAACCUCCUCGCACCCAUCGGAUACAGAAGAAAAGUAGCAAGCCGAUCAUAACUCGAUACCCUCAUCCCACCCAAUAUCCCACCACUCAACCGCCAGCCUAUCAGCCACCUCAGCCCCAAGCUUAUCCACAGCAAGCCCAAACGCAGACCGCUUAUCCUCCACAGGUUUCCCCUCAGGCGUAUCCUCCGCAAGCAUCACCGAGUCCCGUCAGUCCUUAUCCCCCGCAGCAACAAUCGCAGCAUUGGCAACAACCUUAUACUUACAACGCCCAUCAGCAAUGGCCGCAGCCCUCGACUCAAGCGCAGCCGCAUUAUGCUCCCCAUGCGGCUACUGCUUCUCCAACCGCAGCGUAUGGACCUCAACAACCGGCGGCAUAUCAGGGCUAUAGUCAGCCAACCGUGCAUCAAUCGCAUCCACAACCUCCACAGCCCUCGCAACCACAUACUCGGCAACCAUACUAUAACUAUCCUCAGGGAGCCCAUGCACCCCCUGUCCAUCCACCCGCCUCAUUUAACCCUCAAUUCCAUCGUCCUCAGCACCAAUUCAGACAAAGGCAGAACAAUAAAAACCGAUCUCAACACCACGCACCGUCCUUCCAGCAACAGGCGCAACGCAACGCGUCGCCUGCUCAAGCUGCUCACGGUCCAUCUCAGGCGGCCUCGCAGGCAACUGCUAACAAUCGCCGCGAGCCUCCACCUCCUAAACCACCACCAUGUUUUCCAAACACACAGGCCCCGAUCACUCAGUUCGGUAAGUCGGGGAAAAUAGGUUAGUGGUCGUUUGUGAUCUGACUUCUUGUUGGUAUCCCGUGACUCACUUCAUGAUCCUCUAGUGUACAAACCUCCCGAGCGGGUCGAAAAGCCACUGGCGGCAACCUUUGCGGAAACGGAUGUCCAGCGCAGUGAGAAGGAGGGUGACUCCGAAAAGCCAACCGAGCAGCGGGUCUUUUCAACCAGGUAUUUUGAUGAGAAGGGUACCCGCAUUGACGGAUACCUUGUUAAGUCUGGGGAAGAUGGGGAACCAGAGGAUCCAGUGUACGAUUCUGUCAGAACAGGAGGCUCUACGCUGUCGCAGCCGCUAGAGUUUGCUUUGUCUGACGAUCCAGAGAAGAAUGGGGAUGCGGAAUUCCAGAAAAUGCUCAAGGAACUGGAAUACGAGGCCAAGAUGGAAAUUUACGGUUCCCUCAAUGGAGAAAACAAAAAAGGAUCGGAGGAAUCGUUAUCGGUUGUCUCACGGCCACUUUCGAGGGGUAGCGGUGCUUCAGGCAAAGCUUCAGAAGGUGGUAAGGAAGGGUCUAAGAAGAGGGGUUGGCACAAGAAUCUCGAAGAUUCAUCCCACGAUGGUUCCGAUGAUCGUCGUCCCAAGCGGCCGGCAAAGGGUAGCAGGAAGACCAGGGGUAACAGCCCAUCUAACAUCACGUAAGUUAUCCAUAUACCACCUAUUUUGUGAAAGUUCUCUUACCAAUCCAGUCAACCACGUGUUCCCCCACCGCAACAUCACCCCCUUCCACCGAAGCCCAAGGUCCCCGGUUUUCGCGGUGGGCGUGGUGGUCGCCAUAACAGGCAUGCCCCUUCUCCAGCUCGUCAAUAUCAGGUUCACCGGGAAGGUGGUAGUGGUGCCGGUAGAAGCGGCGGCCAUGGGUUCUCAGGAGACCAUAUUAGGCCUGUUACUUGAUAUUCAUACCUUUCUCUCUCCCUUUUAUUCUCUUAUUUUUUAUGUAUAUUCGCUUUGUUCUCUCGUCUCAUUCUGCUCUGAUCCUCUCCAAUACUCUUCUUCCUCAUAGUGGCACGAUUGCUUCAUAGAUAGAUCUUAGCUCACGCUCUGUUUGUUUCCACCGCACAGAGCGCUGUACAGUGAUGAAGACUUUACCCCCUCUCCUCCUCUCCUUCCACACCCCCACACUCCCACAUGCAUUUCUUUCGGUAUAUCUUCUCCCAAGAUUUAUCAUCCCUCUAUUCCCCCUCCUUGACUGACCAACAACGGACCCCCUUUCCAUACCAUCUCAUCCCCAUCACUAACCAUCUUCCCCCUCCUUCCUUCCCCAUUUAUUUCUAUUCCCUUAUUCAUUUUAUCCGAUCGGAGUCUAUCAAUGGUGAUUUUUGGUCCCUUUUUUUCUCUCUUUUCAUUUUUCUCUCUUUCUACCUACCGUAUCUGCAUUUCCCUUUCUUUCCUUUUCUCGGGGCACCCGUGUUUUACCGCCUACCCUAGGCUUCAUUUUCACCAUUCUCAUUCUCAUCAUUGCUCACGAUAUAUCGCACAUUAAUUAUCAUCCUUUCUCCUCCCCUUGCUAUCCCAUCCUACCAUCAUAUUACCGUAAUCCGGAUUUAUUCCUACCUACCCAUACUACGCGAAUAGUGAUACCGAUACCUUGGCUACGGACCGCGUGAAGUUUUCUGUGUCGACUUGGCUUACUGUAUUAUUAUUUUUUACUCUUUCCGUUUCUAUUGCUGCAGGACUUGUGUUUUUGCUAUGUAUGGGUGAGUUGACCCGAGCUGAAGAGGGAGGUGGAGCUAUGACAUGGCACCGGCAAUAUCUUGGGUGAACAUUGUUGGGCACAUGGAAAUACCGUGCUUUACCUAACUGUCCACCCAUCUGUCUAACCACCGUACCCUUUCGAGAAAAUGCGUGUGUGUGUGUGUGCGGGGUGCUUUGUAAGUGACGUUGCCGACCGAUUCACGACAAGCAGCGGAUGCAUGGUUAGUACAAGACAAUAAACAUGGUGAGUGAUACUCCAUGAUACCAUCAUCACCUUCAAACGGAGGAUAACCAAGCUAGACUGGAAUCUAGUUAUACACAGUACGGGAUGGAAUGAUAAUACAGACAAAAAACGAGAGAAGAGUCAAACCGCGCCGCCCAAUGCCUAUCUUUCAAUGAUAAUAGAUAGGAGAAAAUGGAAGAAAACACCAACAAAAUCAAGGAUAAAGAAAAAACCAAAGAGUAGAGAUUUAAAAAAGGGAAGAAAGAAAACCAAAUACACUACCCGUCCCUUGCGAGAUGUACGCCGAAAUCAAAGGAAAACCCGCGAUCCUCCUGGGUGAUCAGGAUGGGGGGAUUCACCACCCACCAAUCCUUCGCACCAACUACACACCACGACCAUGCUUUCCCCUUGCUGCUGCUGCUGCUGCACCUCCCCCAUCUCCUCUUUUCCCUCACCGUCACGACCAUGACUCGCACUCCAGCACAUUUCCGUACCAUUUGUGCGCUCAGGUCUAAUUACCUGCUGCUCUCGGCGGAACAGAUCAUCACUGACUUCCACCCCGACACUGCACCCCUCACAAAUCCACACACCAGCUCGUUCGCACCUGCAAACCUUUGCCCUCCUCACGGCCCUCCUGCUCUCGCAGACGGUGCAAACUUUACGAAGUCUCUUCCUGAGCGUGCAAGCGUUCAUCCAAUUCGACAGGCGCUUGUGUAGGCUUGUGUCGUAGACACACCCCUAUCGCCAUCAUCAUUACCAAUUCAACUGGUUUGUUACGACCGGUUGCUAGAGGAGGAGGGAGUUACGGAGCGUACCUUACAAACAGUAGUAAAACACCUAAUGCACCUCCCGACCUGUAAUUCCUUCAGCACGACAGAGAAGCGGUGAUAGCCCGCUUGCGAGGUUGCGAAGCUACAGGACACAGGCACGGUCUUUGAGUACAGGUUUCUCCAGUGCGCCCUGGAUGCCGUGAAGAGGCUGUACUGCGCGCUUUGUGAUGUCAGGGAGAGGUUGAUCAGGUCGUCUUGGGUCAUGUAUGUUGAGAGGAGGGAAAUUAUGGGGUAGGGAGUUAUAAGGGGUUCCAUCUUUAGUCUUUGUAUCUUUUGUUUUCGCCUUGAGUGAGUUUUGGUGAGUUUUAAUUGUUGGAAUGAAUGGGGAGAGGUGGGGUGUGUGUGCGUUUGAUAUCAAAAUGGAAUCCCUAUCAGAGGGAGAAAGGGGAGGAAUGUGCACACGUACGUUCGACCCAAGCUAGAGGGUAGGUAUCAGUAUAUGGUGGGUUGGGUAGGUAAGUUUGUACAGUGCUCUAUCGUGGAUACAUCUGAUUAUAUGGCAAGCAAAGACUAAAAGGGACGAAGGGGCGAUAGAAGGGGUGGAGGCGGAGGGAACCAGACACUUAAUAAAUAGAACCAAAACAAUAAAAAAACCUCAAUACUCCUUUC